ACAAGAGAGAGAGAGGAGAGGAAGGGAGAAACAAAAUGUGUUCACGGGAGGGAACAUGACAAAAACACAACUCUUCUACGUCUCUCACCCACAUUCAGACAGACCACAAAUGGCUGUUUGAUGAUGUAUGAAGUCUAUAAAUCGGCGCACUGGCAUGCAUUGAUUUCAGGUCUAUCAGAGAAGGAAGAACAGCAGCACCGCCGGCAUCAGUAGCCAUCACCGGCAUCAUUAGCCAUGACGGGGUGCUGCGGGUUUAAUGUUGUCAUCAUGGUAAUGGUUUCAUCACUCUCCCUGUCUUCUCUGCUGCAUAGAGUUCAGGGACUUAACCUCGGCUUUCAGGACUCUGCUCUGCAAGUUUAUUCAAAUGCACAUACAGGUUGUAGCAGGACGUGCCACUCAGAGUUCUGCUCUGUACCACCAUUCUUGAGAUAUGGCAAGUAUUGCGGGAUUAUGUACACUGGCUGUGCUGGAGAGCGACCAUGUGAUAGCCUAGAUGCCUGCUGUCAGAAGCAUGACGCUUGCGUUGAGGCUAAGAACAAUUACCUUGAUCUGGAGUGCAAUGAGGAAUUGCUGCAAUGUGUUGCAACGGCUCGCGACUCUGGAGCAGAAGCCUUCAGGGGAAGCACAUGUCUUCUAGCCGAAGUUGCUGAUGUUAUCUCUGCAGUCAUUCAAGCAGCACUGAUAGCCGGAGGCGUAAUACAUCAUUAGUAUUACAUUACGGAUGACUUAAAUUAGUUUUACAUCAAACUAUCAAAUGUACGUGAGCAUUACCACUUAGGCCAAGGACAGGCUGCGCUUAGUGUAGUCUCAAUUCCUUAAUGACAAUUGUGGAAGAAUCUUCCUUCUAAUGACGUUCUCAAUUUAAAAAAGGAUGCGUUUCAGCGAACGAAAUAAUGGUGUUUGUGUUCA